AAAGGUGAGUGGUGCCGAUGCGCCUGCGCAUUGCGGCGGAGCGCACCACUUUUUGCGCUGCUAUUUGGAGCCGUCGUUAAGGCGCCGCGGGGAUGCUGAGCGCCGCGCUGGGAGGACGGAGCGGCGGCGGCGGCGGGGGGCUGUGGAGGAGCCUGCGCCGCACCGGCGGAGCCUGCUCGCCGCGCUGCCAGGGAGCUCCGAGCGCCGCCUCGCCGGCACCCCCCGCGGCAGGUGCCAGGAGCAUGGCUUCCAGCAGCUCCCUGCUAUUCCCGCAGGACAACAACCCCGGGCCGCGACCAAGUGCUAGUAAUGUAAAGCCACUGGAUGGCGUGAAAAUUCUUGACUUAACAAGGGUGCUUGCAGGGCCCUUUGCUACAAUGAAUUUAGGAGAUCUAGGGGCCGAAGUCAUCAAAGUGGAAAGGCCAGGAGCUGGUGAUGACACAAGAGCUUGGGGCCCACCUUUUGUUGGAACAGAAAGUGUUUAUUUUCUCAGUGUCAAUAGAAAUAAAAAGAGCAUAGCUAUCAAUAUGAAGGAUUCAAGAGGAGCAAAAAUAAUCAGGGAGCUUGCAGCUGUGUCUGAUGUUUUUGUGGAAAACUACAUCCCUGGGAAACUGGCUGAAAUUGGUCUAGGUUAUGAAGACAUUAAAAAGAUUGCUCCUCACAUAGUGUACUGUUCAAUAACAGGUUAUGGUCAGACUGGUCCAAUGGUUCAGAGAGGUGGAUAUGACUCAAUUGCAGCUGCUGUUUCUGGUCUCAUGCAUAUCACAGGGCAUGAGGAGGGUGAGCCAGUUAGAGUAGGAGUAGCCAUGACAGAUCUUGCUACUGGGUUGUAUACAUGCGGAGCAAUUAUGGCUGGUUUGCUUCAGAGGUAUAAGACGGGGAAAGGACUGCACAUUGACUGUAAUCUCAUGUCAUCUCAGGUUGCAUGUCUUACUCAUGUAGCAGCUAAUUAUCUUAAUUGCAAAAUUGAAGGAAAACGCUGGGGUACAGCACAUGGGAGUAUUGUUCCAUAUCAGGCUUUUAAGACCAAGGAUGGCUACAUUGUGGUGGGAGCUGGAAACGAUCAGCAGUUUGUCACUGUGUGCAAGAUCCUGAAUCUGCCUGAAGUUAGUAAGGAUUCCAGAUACAAAACUAAUACACUCAGAGUCCAGAACAGAAAAGAACUUAUUGACAUAUUGUCAACUCGGUUUUUGGAAAAAACAACAGUCAAGUGGUUGCAGCUCUUUGAAGGAAGUGGAGUUCCAUAUGGUCCGAUCAACAAUAUGCAGCAGGUAUUCUCGGAUCCACAGGUGCUGCACAAUGGACUUAUGAUGGAAAUGAAUCAUCCAACAGCUGGGAGGAUAGUUGUUCCAGGACCAGGUGUCAGAUACAGUGAAUUUGCUGUGUCGCAUCCCAGACCACCUCCACUUGUUGGACAGCAUACGGUGGAGAUACUGAAGGGCAUGCUGAAGUAUGAGGAUGAUGCCAUAGAAGAACUGCUCCACACUGGUGUUGUGGCUCAGCAUGAGGUCAGAUAAGGAACAUUAGCUACAUUCCUUCACACUGAGUUCACAUAGCUUUGUCCUCUCUUUGCUCCCUUCAGCUCCCCUAAUGGGACUCAAAGAGAAGACAUAAUUUAAUUCCUAAUUUUCUUCCAUGUGUAUUUGUAUGAUUUUAACACUGAUGUAUCAAAUAAACAAUCUCAUACUGUCUGACUGAAAGAUUUUCUUGGGGGGUAGGGGUAAAUGUAAUUAUAUGGUCCUGUGUGGCUACUCAUUUUCAGUACAUCGUAUGGGAAAUGGAGUUCUUAUCACAAUUACAGUAAUUGCCUAAAUGUUUGUCCCCAGAAAGACAUCAUGUUAGUGAAAAGAAGCAGAACCUUAGAAAUCUGUGUACUAAACUCUCCAUUUGUAGAAAGCUGGCUUGCACAGUUACUUUAGGAGAAAAUCAGCCAUGUACAAAUUGGUGGUUGAUCUGAAUGAUUUUGAACAGAAUCAUUGGUUAUGAACUCUUUGUUCAUCUCUAUUUCAAAUCAAGGGUAGAGUAACCAUUGCAAAGCUCACUUCAGUUCUCUGGUAUUACCAAUUACUGGUAUGUCUUUAUAUUACAUUGUAUGGUCAUGACAAUCCCAGCAUGUUAGCAGAAAUAAGCUGGAAUUGGCAGAGUUCUUCAGUUAUGAAAUGAACCUAUUCCAAGACCAGUUGAGAGAUGAACUAUGAUUGAAUAGUCUUUUGUAAUUUUAUUCAAGAAUGCCCUGGGUGCUGUUAAUUAAACAUUGAUCCACACAAAACCACAUGCUGAAUGUCAAAUACCAGAACUUGCCCAAGAUUUAAAUCUGGUUCUGUGGGUAGGUACUGAUCCCUAUCUCUGACUCUAAUUCCCAACCAAAAUACCUUUCACUCUGAAGAAAAUAUAGUUAAAAUACAAAUCUCUGCAAAGCUUUUGACUUGGUCCCACCCCCAUGAUUAAAGCAUGGUCAGAGUUGACAAACCUACCUCGAAGUUAGUAACGUCAUAUCCUGUAGAAGGGUUGCACUUAACAGUAAGGCACCACAUAUUGUGAGAAGGUGGAAGAAUUUGAUCCAUGAAGAGUAGUAAGGAAAAUACCCCUUUCCCCUGAACAAACCAAUCUGGCAGUACUUCACUCACAGAAGAAAUGCCAUGCUCCUCUAUCCCAGCAUAUAAUUUACAGCUAAUGUAAACUGUGUAUGGGAAGGGCUUAACCUUUGUUGUAUGCACCCCAGGAGAGAGGCAAAGCCUUCCUAUUUCUAGAACUAAAUAAAACUAACUCAAAUUGAUGCUCAACAAAUCAUGUCUGUAUUUUUCCCAAAGUAUCACAAAGUCCGGGCAUUAUAACUAGCUUGUCACUUUGUUUUCACUCUAACAAGCAACAUCCUCUGCACUAUAUCUGAACUUCACAACUCUGUAUUACCUUCUGGUGGAAGAAAAGAGGUUAUUAUGUUAUGAAAUUGAAGUGGAAGCCUAUGUGGUGGUUGCUUAUUUUUGAAGCCCAGUGUGUUAU